CGGGGAGGCUGGAGAUAGAUGCUCUCGCCUUCUCCCUUCUCGUCCAGGGACCAGAAACAGCAGAAUCCUCCAGCCCAAGCCCUGCAGGUGAAGCCAGCUAUCUUCUUCCUACCCCCUGCACAUACCCACUGAGGGAGCCUGACUGCGCACACGGCUGCCAGGGCCAGGGACUCCUCUGCCACGGACCCUCACUGGGGAAGCAGCAAAGCAGCUAAAUGAAGCAAGGCAGAGAGCUGAUUGCACCGAGCCCCCCAUGCCAGCAGCUCUCCAGGGCCUGAGGGGCAAGCUGACAUGCUAGCACCUGAAUGGCUGGCAAUGCAGAACAACAGAAACCGUUUUUAUGGUGUGGCUGUCCUUUGGAGAUAAUAGAUUUAUAAUUCUGGUUUUUGUACAGAAGACUCUGGACCAUCUCUGACUACAAGAGGGGGAGGGGGUGCGUAGAGGGAGAGGAGGCGGAGGCAUAUUCUGCUCAGGGAGGGGGGUCCCUUUUCCCUUUUGUUCUUGGUUGUGUGUGUAUUAUGAAAGCAAAUAUGCACAAGCACCAUCACUGUUGUAAGUGCCCAGAGUGCUACGAAGUGACGCGGAUGGCGGCCCUGCGUCGCAUGGAGCCUCCGUCCUACGGCGAGUGGCAGCAUGAGCAGUACGGCUACGGGGGCUACAGCUCGCAGACCCUGCCGUCCCAGGGGGGAGCCACCCCCACCUCUCGGAAUAAGAGCAAACUCAUCCCCACCUCCCGGGACAAUGUCCCUGCUCCCCUGAAGCAGGGGCAGGGGAAGAGCACUCCCAAGAUGAACGGGAACAGCACAAACUGGUGGCCAGAAUGCACAUGUUCGAACCGCGACUGGUAUGAACAGGCUAACCCUGCUCCCAUUAUCGUGAACACGGACUCCUUGGAACCAGGGAUCUCUCCCAGGGCUACCUCCAACACCAUCUCUCCCGCCUGGCAUCUGGCAGGGACUUGGGUGAACGGCAGUGAUGGCAUGUUUAAAUAUGAGGAGAUUGUCCUAGAAAGGGGUAACUCCGGCCUUGGCUUCAGCAUUGCAGGGGGAAUUGAUAAUCCCCAUGUUCCUGAUGAUCCAGGGAUUUUUAUCACGAAAAUCAUCCCUGGUGGAGCUGCAGCGAUGGAUGGCCGCCUAGGGGUGAACGACUGCGUCCUGCGGGUGAACGAGGUGGAUGUCUCUGAGGUGGUGCACAGCAAGGCAGUGGAGGCACUGAAGGAAGCAGGCCCGGUGGUUCGACUUGUGGUGCGUCGGAGGCAGCCCCCACCUGAGACUAUAAUGGAAGUUAACCUGAUGAAAGGACCCAAAGGACUAGGCUUCAGCAUCGCAGGUGGAAUCGGAAACCAGCACAUCCCAGGAGACAACAGCAUCUACAUCACCAAGAUCAUUGAGGGAGGGGCUGCCCAGAAGGAUGGCCGGCUGCAGAUCGGGGACCGGCUGCUGGCGGUGAAUAACACGAACCUGCAGGACGUGCGGCACGAGGAGGCGGUGGCCUCUCUGAAGAACACCUCCGACAUGGUGUACCUGAAAGUGGCCAAGCCUGGCAACGUCCACCUCAACGACAUGUACGCGCCCCCCGACUAUGCCAGCACCUUCUCAGCCUUGGCCGAUAACCACAUAAGCCAUAACACCAGUCUGGGUUACCUCGGCAGUGUUGAGAACAAACCCCCCUACUCAGCCCCGCCACAGGCGACCCCAUCUAGGUACUCGCCCAUCCCUCGACAUAUGAUUGGGGAGGAGGACUUCACCAGAGAGCCCCGGAAAAUCAUCCUGCACAAAGGCUCCACUGGACUGGGCUUCAACAUCGUCGGGGGAGAGGAUGGAGAGGGGAUCUUCGUCUCCUUCAUCUUGGCUGGCGGCCCCGCCGACCUCAGUGGGGAGCUGCGGAGAGGAGACCGCAUCUUAUCAGUAAAUGGUGUAAAUCUCCGGAAUGCAACUCACGAGCAGGCGGCAGCAGCUCUGAAACGGGCAGGGCAGACAGUGACCAUCAUCGCUCAGUACAGACCUGAAGAGUACAGCCGCUUCGAAUCCAAAAUCCACGACUUAAGAGAACAAAUGAUGAACAGCAGCAUGAGCUCUGGGUCGGGCUCGCUCCGGACAAGCGAGAAGAGAUCUCUCUAUGUCCGAGCCCUGUUUGACUAUGACAGGACCCGGGACAGCUGCCUGCCGAGCCAGGGGCUCAGCUUCUCCUAUGGGGACAUUCUGCAUGUUAUCAAUGCCUCAGAUGAUGAGUGGUGGCAAGCGAGACUAGUGACCCCCCACGGAGAAAGUGAGCAGAUUGGGGUCAUCCCCAGCAAAAAAAGGGUGGAAAAGAAGGAGCGUGCACGAUUGAAAACAGUGAAGUUCCAUGCCCGGACUGGGAUGAUUGAGUCCAACAGGUCGAUCAAAACGAAACGUAAAAAGAGUUUCCGCCUCUCCCGAAAGUUUCCAUUUUACAAGAGCAAAGAGAACCUGGCCCAAGAGAGCAGCGGACAGGAACAGGGCGUGACAUCAAACACCAGUGACAGCGAGAGCAGUUCCAAAGGACAAGAGGACACUAUCCUGUCAUAUGAACCAGUGACACGGCAAGAAAUUCACUAUGCGAGGCCAGUGAUCAUCCUGGGGCCAAUGAAAGACCGAGUCAACGAUGACCUCAUCUCCGAGUUUCCACACAAGUUUGGCUCCUGUGUGCCACACACUACCAGGCCUCGGCGUGAAAAUGAGGUGGAUGGGCAGGACUAUCACUUUGUUGUAUCCCGAGAACAGAUGGAGAAAGAUAUUCAGGACAACAAGUUCAUAGAGGCUGGGCAGUUCAAUGACAAUCUCUAUGGGACCAGUAUCCAGUCGGUGCGGGCAGUUGCAGAGAGAGGGAAGCACUGCAUCCUGGACGUGUCUGGCAACGCCAUCAAGAGGUUGCAACAAGCACAACUUUACUCUAUUGCCAUUUUCAUCAAGCCAAAAUCCAUUGAAGCUCUCAUGGAGAUGAACCGAAGACAGACGUAUGAACAAGCCAACAAGGUCUUUGACAAAGCCAUGAAACUGGAGCAGGAGUUUGGAGAGUAUUUUACAGCCAUUGUACAAGGAGACUCUCUGGAAGAGAUAUACAACAAAAUCAAACAGAUCAUUGAGGACCAGUCUGGGCACUACAUCUGGGUCCCAUCCUCUGAGAAACUCUGAAGACUUCCCCCAUCAACUUCCUUGUGAGCAGAUGUCUGAAAUCCCUCCCUCACCUAUGCCCCAAGGGGGGGGGGGACAUGAAUACUUCUCCCGCCCCCUUUUUUAGAUCGUCGCAAGAUUGAGUUUUCUAGUCCUGUUUCUUUUUGUUGGGAUGAAUCAAUCUCGCUUACCACGUGACUGUCCCCACCAUUCCUGCAUGGACCUUCCCGCUGCUCCAUUAGAGACAGAUGAGAUCCCAUUCAAGUCGUUUUUUAUUAUUAUUAAAACUUAACCCAAGAAGCGAGAUGGGAGGAGGCAGCUGAGGACUUAUGUAAAGAACGACUGAAACAAUGGAUUUUUUGAAAAUAAGCUAGGACUGGAGCUUCCGGGGACAUUUCUCCAAGCAUGUGUCACUGCCUUGUAGCUCUGAACAGUACAACAGAAAGCAUUUUAUUUAUCUGUAUAUGUAAUUUAUAUAUAAUACAUAAAGAUAUUAUAUAUAUAUUAUAUAUAUGUGGACUAGAAAACCUGAGGGACCUCCUAAAAUGGUACUAUAUUAUUGCAAGGAUCUUUUGAAUUAUUGUAUCCCAGUCACUGGGCACGGGAAGUCCCACUCUGGUCAAGAAGAGAUUGAAACGGUACUGGAUGCUUCGGAUGCUUCUCACAUCUGGUCAGGUUUCUGAGAACCAAAGCCCAGAUCUUUGGGGUAGAUCAGAGGAACUGGGAUGCUGUGUGCGUGUAGAGGGGCCAAGGGUCCAGAAUAACCUGUAGCCGCUGAUCUGAGUGAAACGAAGACCCAGGCUGAGCAGGAGGUUGCAGAGCGAGAGAGAACGGAUAAGACGUUAUUAAAUUGCACAUUGUUUUACACACCACCUAAUGUGUUUGCAUGAGAGGUUUCCUUUUUGUUCUAUUUUUUUAAGCAGAUGUUAAACCAAAACCAUA